GAAGAUGGCGGCGGCCCCGCUGUACUGUGUCUGCCGGCAGCCCUACGAUGUUAGCCGGUUUAUGAUCGAGUGCGACAUCUGUAAAGACUGGUUCCACGGCAGCUGUGUGCAGGUAGAAGAGCAUCAUGCCGUGGAUAUCGAUGUUUACCACUGUCCCAACUGUGAUGUUGUACUCGGACCCUCCCUGAUGAAAAAGCGCAACAACGGCCACAGGCACGACUACACGGAGCCAAACGAUGGAUCGAAGCCGGUGCAGGCUGGCACCUCGGUGUUCGUCAAGGAGCUCCAGAACAGGACCUUCGCCAGUGGUGAGGAGAUCAUGAUGCAGAUGAAAGGGGAGCAUGUGACAACCAGGUACCUGGAGAGACACGGCUUCAGCUACCCCAUCGUGGUCACGGAGAUGGAGGGCCUGGGACUGAAACUACCAGUCCCGACAUUCUCUGUCAAAGACGUGGAGCAGUACGUGGGUGGCGACAAAGUCAUCGAUGUGAUAGACGUGGCACGGCAGGCAGACAGCAAGAUGAAGCUCAGCGAGUUUAUCAAGUAUUACACCAACCCGCAUCGACCGAAGGUCCUCAACCUCAUCAGCCUGGAGUUCUCUGACACCAAGAUGUCUGAGUUGGUGGAGGUUCCUGACGUGGCUCAGAAGAUGUCCUGGGUAGAGAACUACUGGCCCGACGACUCCUUCUUCCCCAAGCCCUUUGUCCAGAAGUACUGCCUUAUGGGGGUCAAGGACAGCUACACAGAUUUCCACAUAGACUUCGGAGGCACUUCUGUCUGGUACCAUGUUCUCUGGGGUGAGAAGAUCUUCUACUUGAUCAAGCCCACUCCCGCCAACCUUGCACUAUAUGAGGCAUGGAGCUCCUCGCCCAAUCAGAGUGAAGUGUUCUUUGGGGACAAAGUGGAAAAGUGCUACAAGUGUGUCGUGCCCCGAGGAACCACCCUGCUCAUCCCGACAGGCUGGAUCCAUGCGGUUCUCACCUCUCAGGAUUGCAUGGCGUUUGGAGGGAACUUCCUUCACAACCUCAAUAUUGGCAUGCAGCUCAGGUGUUAUGAAAUGGAGCGUCGCCUGAAAACCCCAGACCUCUUUAAGUUUCCGUACUUCGAGGCCAUUUGUUGGUAUGUGGCUAAAAACCUGUUGGAAACGCUAAAAGAGCUACGAGAGGACAACUGUCCGCCACCAACACACCUAGUGGAGGGAGUCAAGGCUUUAAUCAUUGCUCUGAGGACCUGGUUGAAAAGAGAGGUGACUGAGCCCACCAGUGAGGUACCAGACCAUAUCAGGCCGAACCAUCUCAUUAAAGAGCUGACCAAGGAAAUCCGCUACCUGGAGGAGGAACCAGUCGGUGGUAGCAAGCCAGUGAAAUCUCAGGGAAUCGGGUGUGGAGCAGCAUCUGGAUCAAACGCCUGCCCGGCCACCCGCGCCACACUGGAGAGGCUGUGCCAGGCCCGGCAGGCGAGAAGGGCCGCCAGGCGGCUGAGGGAGCAGCAGCGGCAGGCCCCCAAAAUGCCCUCCAACCUGGACAUCUUAGAGCGGCACACCAGGGAGGUGCUGAGGAGGCUGGAAGUGGGACCGCUGGAGGAGGAUGCUGCCUUCUGUGCCAAGGUCCGUGGGAAGCUCAACAAAGUGUCAACUGCAUCAGCAGCGGCGGAGUCUUUAGAGGACAACCACCUACGGCUAAUGCUGGUCAACGGCAGAAUCAUCAGAGAUGUGAGGCGAGCAGCCAGCAGCCCGGUGAAGUCAUCUGUUGGCCCACCAAAGAGUUGUGUGAAGUCUGAGAGGACACAGGACAGUCAAGACAAACCCACACUCCUCAGUGUUCUGGAGAGGGUGAAGACUGAACUCAGGGAAGAAGUCUCCGGACACUCCAGUGUGUCGGACACGGAUUCAGACAGUGACUCUCCCUCAGAGCGUAAAGCGUCAUCGUCCUCGUCGUCAUCAUCGUCGUCGUCCUCUUCUGACGAGGAUUCAGGGAGUUCCCAGGAGGAAGAGGAUGACGAGGAGAGGAGCUCCUCUCAGCAGAGAGGCUCAGGCCACACCAUAGAGCUGGACCCGUCUGGCCAGAAACUCAGGCACAAACACAAACGAGAACGUCCUACCUCACCCAGCACAGAAGAGGCCAUUCAGGGGAUGCUGUCUAUGGCCGGUCUGCUGUGCUCCUCCAAGCCGGAGAAGGUGGCCUCGUCCCAGGAGCCCUGGUGGUCCAACUCCAGCCAGUGCUCGCCGCUGGAGCAGAGGGAGGAGGCCCAGCACCGACUGCAGGGGGACAACAGCCCGAUGGACAGCCAGGGCAACAGCAGCGAGGCCUGGGACAAUCAGGGGCUGCCCAGCCCCCUCAGCCGGAGCCACGGCGGCAGCCCAGAGGCAGACUACCAGUACUGUGACCCCUCAAUGUCUCCACCGCUGCACCCGUCCAAGAGGCAUGCCCCCAAUCCCCCCCCACCUAUCAGCAAUCAGGCCACAAAAGGCAAGCGGCCCAAAAAAGGAAUGGCCACAGCCAAGCAGAGACUGGGGAAGAUCCUGAAACUCAACAGAAACAAUCAAAAAACACAAACGAACGCACUGCCUGAGGACUACCGUAACCGAACGAAUCUUGACACGAACAACACGCUCACUCUGCAUGCUUAGGAGACAGGGUAUUGGAUUUUAAAUAAAGCAAGUGCACGACUUCACCACAAGCACACUAAGAACAAAACAGAAAGGAGCUACAGGAAGCAGAGAGGGACAAGCAUGUUGUGAAACGUUCUGCUGCAGGGAAAAGGUGGACUGAAGCUCCUGCGGGCAUUUUAAAUGGACAAAUGAGAUGUAGGAGGUCUACCAAACGAACAACAAAAAUACUUAAUGCUUGCUUCAUUGCUGUCUGUGACAAACUGAACAGGACGGAGGAGCAGAUGAAACGGAGCUGUAUGUAUUUUGCAAGGUUUUUUUUAUUAUUUUCCUCUGGAUCUGGAAACGAGGUGCUAAGGAGGACGCGGUGAACUGAACUUUCUACAUGGUGCUUAUUGUUUGUCCCUCGCCUCCCUCCCCCGACACCCCCCUUUAUCUCAAUCACACCAGCAAUAAUGACUUUGAGGAGAGAGGAAAGAGUGAGGCAGCAGUUUGGUGCAUCCUUCCAAAUCUGCACUGUUUUGAUAGAGGGGAGAUUCUGAGCUACUCAAAGUGCUGCCUCUCUGAAUUUGUUUAAAAUAGGAAUUACGAGUCAGUCGCUCGGUCCAAAAAAACCUGAAGACGACGGAUGACGUGUGUCGCGUGAUAUCCUGCUUAAUUUAUUUGUUUUUUAAUGUUAUUUUUAUGGAUUCUGAAUGAUGUAUUUAUUAAUUGAAAGAGAUAAUGAUUUUAUUAUAUUUUGACCCUAAAGCCUCAGCUAUUGAGUUUUUUUCCUUUUAUAGGGUUAAUUUUCUCUUUUUAUCUUUAACACAUGCUUUUUGUAAAUGUGGAUGUUUUAGAGUUCAUGUGAUCAUCUGUUGAGUAGCAAUUUAUCUACAAAUCUUUUCUUACCUUCUAUUUUGUCACAACCCUUUUCUCCCAGUUGAAUAGUGUUGAUUCUCAUGUGUUCUGGUUUCCUCUAGAGGUGUUGGGGCUUCGUGCGAAUAGAAACUAGGUUAGGUUGAGAAACGUCGACUUCCAUAUUUACACCUGAAGCUUUUUCAACUAGUGCCAGUUAUCAUUUAGCAAAAAAAACGCAACCCACAAGUAUUCUGAGCCACUGUGGUCGAAGGGAACGUCGGGGAACUUAAAUAGGAUGAGUGAGAUUUUUCCUUUAACAAAAAAAAACAAAAAAAAAAACCCAGUGCUGAUGUGUGAUGUUUCUCUCGGGGUGCGCAGUUCUUCACUCAGGGAAUGAUGCCAUGGACAUAACCUUCGAUUGACCCACCAGCCACGAUGUUCUCAGCACUCACUCGAGACUUUAAAAGAUUCACUUCCUGCUUUGGAGUUUCUUAGGUUUCUUUGUUUUCAAGUUGUCAUUGUACCUUUAGGUGAACUUUUACAACUUCUGUUGUCCCCCACUGCUUCUUAACACGCGUUCAGCUCAGUGUUAGCUUGUUAGGUGGACUCUAGGAGACUUUACACCCAGGCUUAUUGUUGCCAAGUAGAUUCCAGGAGACUUUGAAAGCUUUGCUCAGGUUGACUUUAAAUGCACAUGACCUCAGUCAUUCAGGCCUGGAGGUGUUUCACGUAAUCCUAACACAAAGAACCAACUGAAGAAAUAGCGUUAAUCACAUUGCCAGACUGAUUUCCUCCUCUUUUCUUACACUACACUUUUGAACUUUUUUGCAUGUCAAGUCAUUGAAAACACGAGCUGGCCCGCAGGCAGGGUUUGUAAUAAGCUAUAGUAUUCAUCGUACACAAUCUGUCCCUCUUUUUGCUUUCUUGGCAUUUGUGUUAUGUGCGUUGGUUCUUAUGUGUUCCGCCCCCCCAGAUUUAAAAUAUACAAACACUGGCUAACUGUGACACUGUUAAUGCAUUGCAUUUUGUUUCUGCAAUUCAAAAAUUGCGUGUAAAUAAAAAAACAAAAAAAAAAACCUAAUGAAAUAAUAUGCUUAAUGUCUUUUUGUAAAGCCCGAUCUAACAAACUGUAGAUGUUAAAGUUUAGACCAUAUUAUACUGUGGUUUUACAUAAAUAAUACAACAGUUUGACAUAUUUAAAGAUAGUUUUAUUAGUCUAUGUACAACACUGACUUUCAGAAUAUCCUGAAGAUUCCCACAAAGACUUAUCCAGCAGCUUGAAUCCCUCGUGAUCUACAGACAAAAGAUAAGAUGUUUACAGCAGUGGACAAAAUGGGAAAAAACACU